AUGUCCAGAGCUGUCGCGAUUGAAAUGAAGGCCGAUGCUUUCCGAACUGUUUGCCAGCUGGCAUAUGCUGUCCCGAAUUUCUUUGCUGCUGAAGUCCCUGUUCAGCGCUUCAACCAGAAAGAGAACGAUGACGUGCGUGAGAAGCUCAACCUCACCCUGGAUGACUUCCCGGCCUUUUUCCUCUUCAUGGACGGCGCAGGUGAGGGAAUCCGUUAUGCGGACGCAGCGCAAGCAGCCAACAUGAUCAAAUGGCUUCGCUCACGCGGCAUUUCCAUGCCUUCGAUCGAUACAAUCGACGAACUGGACGAAGUGGUUCUUGACUUCCUCAAUGAGCCCAGUACUAGGCAUGUAGACAGAGCAAGGGAGCUCGAGCAAAAGUAUCGAAAUGAUGCCAAAGCGCCAAUGUAUACCAAGAUCAUGGAAAAGAGCUUGGCUCAAGGAACGAGCUAUGCUGCCGAUGAAGUUGCACGCGUGAUGAAGAUUUUGGAGGGCAAGGUACAUCCCCAGAAACGGGCAGAACUGAGCGACAAGUUGAAAGUCCUGAAAGUCUUUGCAAAGAUGGAGGCUUGUGACGUUUUUCAAUGUCCGGCUGGCUAUCAGAAAAAGUUUGACGCAGCAGGCAUCAUUGGAUCCGAUGAGGCAACAUGCUGCAAGCCGCCGUGUGUGAAUACUGAAGGUGAUGAGCAUGAUGCCCAGGGCCACCACUGCGAUUACUACGAUGAGCGAACAGCUCCGGAAUGCGGAGACUGGGACACUGGAGCAUUCCGUGCCAGCAGGAUGUGCUGUGCCUGUGGUGGCGGACACGUCAGGAUGCCUGAAGCCGAAACUUGA